UGCUUCUUCAUCCCAGCAUUCAAUUUUAAUAUUUGUGAGCGAUAUUACCAAACUGAUUUAUUGAAUGCAUGCGAUUUUUCUGCAGUAUCGGGGUUAGAAGUCCUUUCUGAUAAAGCACUCAUAGAAUCUAAUCAAAUGAAAAUGCAUGAUUUGUUAGUAGAAAUGGGACGAGAGAUUGUUAAACAAGAUUCUCCUAAAUAUAUACUUGGGACAAAGAAGUCGAUUGUGGGAUCCUGAGGAAGUGUCUUAUGUAUUGAAAUAUAACAUGGGAACUGAAGUUGUUGAAGUUAUAUAUUUCAAUAUUUCUGAAAUUUCGGAAGUAAACUUGAGUUCUGAUUCCUUUAAAUGGAAGAUAUCUUCAUAUCACCACCACCACCAAUAAGGGACAGCUAAUUGGGGAAAAAACCUACACUGUGAACUUCUUGGCUGGUUGCCUGAUAAAUAAUUGAGGCACCUUUAUUGGGAUGCAUUCCCACUUGAUUCUUUGCCAUCGUCCUUUUGUGCUGAAAAGCUUGUACAAAUUAACAUGCAACAUAGCAAGCUUAAAAAGCUUUGGGAUGGAGUUCAGGUACAAAUUAAUUAAUUAAUUUGUUUGUUUGUAUGUAUUUGUCUUAUUGUUAGUUUGUAGAGGUGCAUCUGUAUAGGUUCAUGUUCAUUCACAGAGCUGCGCCACAACUAAGCUAUGUUCUUAUAUAUAUAUAUAUAUAUAUAUAUAUGCUUAAUUAUGUUUUGGUUAAGACUCAAGCAUGAUUAUCAAUGGAUUUUUAAAUGAUUCCUGAACCAUGUGAUGUUCCUUUCUUCCUACAGAAGCUUGGCAAAUUGAUGAUCAUUAAACUUGAUUUCUCCAUAGACCUGAUUGAGAUUCCAGACUUAUCAAAUGCACCAAAUCUUGAAACAGUAUCUCUUAAUGGUUGUGAGAGUCUUUGUCAACUCCAUCCAUCCGUUUUCACUUCCCCCAAGCUUAGAAAUAUAUAUAUUUAAAUGGUUGCAAAAAGAUUGAAAGCCUGAAAACAAACAUUCAUUCAAAAUCUCUUGGAACACUCGAUAUCACUGAUUGUUCAUCUCUCAUGGAAUUUUCGGUAACAUCAGAGGAAAUGUGGAGAUUGUCGUUAAAUGGAACCGCUAUACAUGAAUUUCCAUCAUCGAUUUGGGGUAAUAGAAAGCUCACUUAUCUCGAUCUAAUGUGAGAAUGUAAGAAGCUUAACAUUGUUGGGAACAAGUUAUCAAAUGAUCCAGGAUUGGGUUCUCUUACACGGUUGGACCUUUCAGGAUGCACACAAAUCAAUUCAUUGAAUCUGCAGUUCAUCCUUAAUGGGAUGCAAUAUUUACAGAAACUAUAUUUGAAUAAGUGUUGUAACUUAGAAACUAUCCCUGACAACAUCGAUGGUAUGCCAUUUUUGUCUGUACUAUGUUUGAUAGAGUGUGGUAACUUAGAAACUAUCCCCGACAACAUCCAAAAUUCAAGGUUGGAAUUUCUUGAUUUAGAUGAAUGUAGGAAUCUUAAGUCCCUACAAAAGCUUCCAGUAUCCUUGCUACAUUUGAUAGCUGUUAACUGCACUUAUCUGGACACAGAGUCAAUUCUUAAGAACAUGUUAGAUUCCAUUGUAGCCCAAUAUACUUGUUAUAUACAGUUCCAUCUAGACCAAAUUUCUUUUCUACCAGGUGCCCAAGUUCCGCACUGUUUUCCUUAUCGUACAACAGAGGCUUCAAUAGAUAUUCCUUCUAUUGUAAAAUCUAACUUGUCUUGUUUCAUUGUUUGCAUCAUUUUCUCUGAGGGAUUAUAUGUUACACACGACAGCAGCAGCAUAGAUUGUACUGUCUAUGAAAACAAAAAAUUAGCUGACCAAUCGUUUGUACGUGUACAUGUUGGUGCACAUAGGAUCUUAAUUUCAGAUCAUGUAUUGUUGUUUAUAGAUUCGGUAGAUGGGCUUAAAUGGGAGGAGGAGGAGGAGGAGGAGGAGGAGGAGGAGGAGAGUGAAAGUGAAGGUGAUUAUUACAACCUUUCAUUUGAAUUCAAAUAUAGUUUUGAUUACCAAAAUUAUGAUGAUGACUCCGAGGAUGAGGAUGAUGACAGGAUACGUUGGUAAACUAAAGGGAUCAAGGGUUGUGGGGUCUUUCCUGUGUAUUGGGAACAUAGAGAUGAAAGAUUUCAACAAGAGUGGGUUGAAAGUGUUGAAGAUUAUUCUGAUGAGUUACACCAUCAAGAAAUUGGAGCCGAAGCUGGAGGCUCUACGAAUGAAAAUGAAGAUGACCGACAAGACAACAACUUCUUAUUCCCUCCAAAAAAAGGAGGAAGACUUGAAUGAUAAAUCUUCUAGUCAUCUUCUCCAAAGACUAUGCUUCCUCAAAAUGGUGCUUGAAUAUGAACUCGUCAAGAUUCUAGAAUGCAAGAAAGGCCAGGGUCAAAUUGUGAUACCAGUAUUCUACGAAGUAGAUCCCAUCAUAUGUGAGGAAUCAGAGAGGGAGUGAGUUACGGUGAAGCCUUUGCAAAACAUGAGCAAGAUUUGAAGCACAACAAAAAAUUGUUGCAGAAAUGGAAAAAUGCUCUCGUUGAAGCAGCCAAUUUAGCUGGAUGGCAUUCUCAAAAUUAUAGGUAAAAAAUAUAAUCAAGUGUUAAUACCCUUUUUGAUCACUUCAAAAGUGAGUGAAUUCAGUUUUUGUUAAGAAGUCUCAUAUCGAUUGUGAGAUGGCCUGACAAAGUGUUUAUAAAGUGAGGGAAAUUGAAUCGUAGACAUCCAUUUGAAGUUAACAAGAAACUUGUUGGAAUUGUUACUGAAAAUUGAGUCAAAUGAUGUUAGAACCCUUGGAUUAUGGGGCAUGGGUGGCAUAGGAAAGACCACUCUAGCUAAAGAUUUGUAUACUGAAUUGUGUCCCCAAUUUGAACGACAUUGCUUCCUCAAAAAUGUAAGAGAAGAAUCUACCAGGUGUGGACUCGAUGUUGUACGUAACAAACUUUUUUGUACAUUUAUUUUACUGGACAAAAACUUCAUGGGAGAGAAUCCCUUCCUAUUGGAAAUGUUCACAUAUAAAGCUCUAGGAUCACUUUCUAAUCUUAAUAGUAAUACCACGACUCCCGUUUUACUCC